AUGUCGAAUUUUGUGCAGAAUCGUAUUCAAGAUAUUUCAGCAACUAUUUCAGUUCUACUGAAUAUAAUCUUGAUCUUUCUAAUACUAACCAAAUCACCAAAAAAGCUUGGUUCAUACAAAUAUUUGAUGCUUUAUAUUUCAUUGUUUGAAAUAUUAUAUUCAAUUUUGGAUGUAGUUGUUUCUCCAGUUAUAAUAUCAAAAGGUUCCGCUUGUUUGGUGAUAUCUUAUAUAAAAAAUUCGAUGUUGAGUCAGACGAUCAAUAUUGUUUUACAUACAUCUUACUGUGGUUCAUUUGGCACAUCAAUGGGUAUUUUUGCACUGCAUUUUAUAUAUCGGUAUUUGACUGCAACUGGUUCAAAAUAUAUUUCAACAUUCGAAAGUUGGAAAAUGAUUUGUUGGAUGUUGAUUCCAAUAACUUAUGGAAUAAUUUGGGGUUUAAUUGGUUAUACAUUUAUUGGCCCAAAUGCCUACACAAACGAUUUCAUGAAAAAUGAUAUAGAAUAUGUUUUUGGUUGGGACAUCAGAGAUACUAUCUAUAUCGGUCCACAUUUCUACAAAACUGAUAGUUUGAAUUUCACUUGGAUUGAUAAAAACGCUUUCAUUGCUGCUGGUGGAAUGUGCAUAAUUCUAGUAAGUUAAUCCACGAAUCCAAAUUGCACAUAGAGUUUUUUAAAAAAAUUUUAAGUUGUCUUCAAUAAUUACAAUUUUGUAUUUUGGUGUAAAAUGUUACAAAUCGAUAAAUAAUAUGGUCAAAGAUAGAGUAUCUACUUCAUCUUCAAAUUUUAAAAAUGUUCAAACUCAAUUGUUCUACGCUUUGGUGAUUCAAACAAUAAUUCCAGUUCUUUUCCUACAUAUUCCUGUUAGUGUUAUUUUUAUUUGCACAUUUCUCGAAUUAAAUAUCGGAUUAUUCGGCGGAAUUGUAACUAUUAGUAUUGCAUUAUUUCCGGCAAUUGAUCCACUUCCUACAAUGUUCAUUAUCAAAAUAUACAGAGAUGCUAUAAUUGGUAUAUUCUGAUUAAUUAUGUCGUCAAAGUUUAAAUUAUAAUUUUCAGGAUAUGUUCGAAGUUUCCUGCACUACACAAAAAUAUUUCCUAAUAAAAACUGCGCAAUUCAAUCAAUUUCAAAUCAUCCAAAAGAUAUAUCUACUCCGAAUAGUUAA